UUGUCGUCAUACUCAUGGUGUUCUCACCUUGGACGCACAAUAUUCUACGAAUACAAAUUUUCUUGGCCGAAGACGUCAGAUUUGGAAACUCUAGUCGAUGGGGAAAAUAUUAACAUCACUAUAAAGAACAAGUCUUCCAAAAGUCAUUUUCUUCCUCCACCCUCGUUACCACGUUUCACGAUUAAAAGAAACAAAGAUUCCGUUCUCCUCCAAAAAUAAUGGAAAGCAACCGAUCCGCGAGAGAGAAAGAGAGCAUGGUGGAAGAAGUGUUCGAGGACAUGUUGCCAGUGAUGGCAGAGAAGCUGGGUGUGGAGACCUUUGUGUCUGAGUUGUGUGGAGGUUUCAAGCUUCUGGCCGACCCAGAAACGGGUUUGAUCAGUGGUGAGAGUCUGAUGAGGAAUUCAGCUCUAUUGGGUAUGGAUGGGAUGAGCAAAGAGGAAGCAGAGGCCAUGGUUGGACAAGGCGAUCUUGAUGGGGAUGGGAAGCUCAAUGAGACUGAGUUUUGCAUCCUUAUGCUCAGGCUUAGCCCUGGGAUCAUGGAAGAAGCCGAGGCUUGGCUUCACAAGGCACUUCAACAAGACCUCACCAAAUUCUGCAAUCAAUCGUAAGUUAAUUUGUGUGUGAUGGGUGUAUCAUGCAAGUUAAAUAAACUCAUUUAAAGAGAAUUUAACUAUAAUGAAAUGAAUGCGCACUUGGUUUGUUCAA